UAGUAAGGAGAUUCCCCCAAGCUGGCCCUCAGGCCCAGGUCUGAGCACCCCAAAGGCACAGGGUUUCUUGGAUCCCUCAACCUGAAGGAGCCAUAGCCUAGUGAUUCACAUUGAAGCCACAGGCUAUGUUAUGUUUUUGUUGCAAGUGUGUGCACUUUGCAGCAGAGGUAAGUGCUUUUGGUAUAUCAUGCUUAAAACGAAGGAGACAUAAUAUAGAGAGGUAUACCAUGUUCAUGGACUGGAAGACUCAGCAUAGUAAAGAUACCAGUACUUCCCAAAUUGAUCUACAGUUUUCUAAUUCCUAUCAAAAUCCCAGGAAGGACUUGUAUACACAGACAAGUUUAUUCUAAAAUUUAUAUGAUGGGCAUGAGUCCCAGAAUAGAACAAUGAGGAAAAAGGACAAUACACUUCCGGUUAUUACAGCUCUCUGCAAAGCUCCUGUGAUAGGCUCGGAGAUCCCAGAACAGAGCAGAGACCCCGGAAACACCCACACAAGCUGCCAACAGGUUUUUGACAAAUGUGUCAAAGCAAGUGAGUGGAGGAAGGACUGUCUCUAAUAAAGAGUGCGGGAACAAUUUGAUAUCCAUAGCAAAUAAAAAACCUCCUAACCUGCCAUUUGCCAACAAUGGUGUGUGUAAAGUAAAACCUUGCUAGGCUCUGAAGCAGGAUUCAUUUUGUUGGCGCGGUGGGAGGUUUGGGGAACCUAGGAGCCCGCGGUCGUGCCUCCGCCUUUGCUAACCACGCCCCCAACGGGCCCCGCCAGGGAGGGUGACCACGCCUACAGUCUGACAGAUUGGGCGGGGCCAGAGCUUUGGACACGCCACUUCCACCGGAAGCUCAGUCACCCUGCUUCCGGUCCGAGUUGGUCCUGCAAGUCGGGACACUGCUUCUCUAUGCGGGCAAGAGCUGCAAACUCAUAUUCUGAAAUCCGCUUCGGGCCGCUUGUGAGUGGGCUCGAUGCCGGCCCUGCAGCCGGAGAAGCGGCUGCUGAUGAGAAGAGUUUGUUCUCUCCUCCGGAACGAAGGCAGCGCGCACGGGCUGUUUCCGGGGGGGCCGAAGCUGUCGCCGCGCCCGCCCCCGCCUCUGGCGCGGCCACGUCUCCGCUAGAGCAGCCGGGCUGGGCUGCCGCCGCGGUUUCUCAGCGCCGGGGAAUCAUAUUACUUGGUUUGAUUUCAAGUCGUUUAUAAGACGUUACAUCUCUUGAAAAUGGAAAACCUAGUGCCGCCCUUCCCCGGGGAUCCUGACUGUUGGUGAUGGCAGAACCAAGCCUGCCAGCAGCGCCCGUGCAGCUCCCAAGCGUCAGCCCAGUCUGAGUCGUCCUGACCAUGGAUGGAGUGUCGGCCGUGCAGGGUGGCGUCUUGGAAGAUGGAUCCCGCAGUGGCACCUCAGCCUGUCCUGAACCCCUCCCGCAGCCCCUGGGCCCUCCGGCGCCACCUGACCAGUGGGAUGAAGCCCCGCGUGCCAGCGCCGAGGUGGACAGAGCCAUGGAUGAAGGAGAAAGCCCAGACGGGCCCAGCGAGGGGAACGCCUGUCAGAAUGGGCCGAUGCCACAGCUCCCAGGCCCGCCGUCGGCUCUCGGUCCCACCAAGAGCCCAGUGGGUCCUGAUGCGCCUCCAGGUGUGGCUGGUUUCCAUGACAACCUAAGGAAGUCUCAGGGGACUAGUGCUGAGGGCAGUGUUAGAAAAGAAGCUUUGCAGUCUCUCAGACUCAGUCUUCCUUUGCAAGAAACGCAACUGUGCUCAGCAGGGGCCUCGCUGUCGCUGGAGAAGGAGGAGCAGGUCCGACUUCAGGCUCGGCGGCGGCUGGAGGAGCAGCUCGCGCAGUACAGGGUGAAGCGCCAGCAGGAGCGCUCCAGCCAACCUGCAACUAAAACAAGACCUUUCAGCACACUGGAUCCUGAGCUUAUGUUGAACCCAGAAGCCUUACCAAGGGCCAGCACGGUGGCGAUGACAAAGGAGUAUUCCUUCUUGCGCACCAGUGUGCCUCGGGGCCCGAAGGUGGGCAGCUUAAGGCACCUAGCACAUUCUAAGGAGAAAAAAAGUUCCAAAUCAAGCAAAAUUCGGUCCCUGGCUGAUUACAGAACUGAAGACUCAGAUGCUGGGAAUUCGGGUGGAAGUGUUCUGGCCACAGACUCCGCUAGGGGCUCCCUGAAGCAGAACCGAAGCAGCAUGACGUCAGUGGUGUCUGAGGUCAGCCUGGGUCCUGAAGCCGAUGACCUGGAGAACUCAUCCCUUCCUGGAGACAACAUGUCUGAGGCUGAUGGGAAUGAGAGUGACAGCUCUUCCUACAGCGGCAUCUCCACCCGGGGGGUGCACGGCCUUCUGGUGAACAGCGCAGGCACGCGUGAAGCAUCCUAUGUGAUCAACGGCCAGGAGAUUUCCUCCAGUUCUCUGGGCCAGUUCCCGUCCAUCACGGAUGUCCUCCAGGCCGCUGCAGCCGAGCACCGAGACCGGGGCCUAGAGGUUAAUGGAGAGACACGGAGCCGAACGGACAGCAUCUGCAGCAGCGUGUCCAUGGAAGGCUCUGUGGCUGAAACUCAAGACGAGAUGUUGCAGGUUCUUAAAGAAAAAAUGAGACUUGAAGGACAGCUGGAAGCCCUAACCCAAGAGGCUAGUCAGGCACUUAAGGAAAAGGCGGAGCUGCAGGCACAGCUGGCCGCCCUGAACACGCGGCUGCAGGCGCAGGAGGAGCACAGCCACAGCAGCCAGCGGAAGCAGGACGCGCUCAGUUCGGAGGUGGACACCUUGAAGCAGUCCUGCUGGGACCUGGAGCAGGCAAUGAGCGACCUGCAGAACACGCUGGAGGCCAAGAACGCCAGCCUUUCGUCCUCCCACCACGACCUGCAGGUGGCAGAGGAGCAGUACCAGCGGCUCCUGGCCAAAGUGGAGGAGAUGCGGAGCAGCAUGCUCAGCAAGGACAGCACAGUGCACGACCUACGGCAGCAGAUGACAGCCUUGCAGAGCCAGUUGCGGCAAGUGCAUGGAGCCACCAGCAGGCUGAAGACAUCCCAGGCGGAAAUCGCAUCUCUGCAAAGCGUCAGGCAGUGGUACCAGCAGCAGCUCGCCCUGGCCCAGGAGGCGCGGGUCAGACUGCAGGGCGAGAUGGCCCACAUCCAGGUUGGACAGAUGACCCAGACGGGCCUCCUGGAGCACCUGAAACUUGAGAAUGUGUCCUUGUCCCAGCAGCUGACAGAAACCCAGCACAGGUCCAUCAAGGAGAAGGAGCGCAUCGCCCUGCAGCUCCAGGGCAUAGAGGCUGACAUGUUGGACCAAGAAGCUGCCUUUGUGCAGAUUCAAGAGGCAAAGACGAUGGUGGAGGAGGACCUGCAGAGGAGGCUAGAGGAGUUCGAGGAGGAGAAGGAGCAGCUGCAGAAGAUGGCAGCCUCAGCAGCGGCCCUGGAGCAGCAGCUGGAGCAGGUGAAGCUAACCCUGCACCAGCGAGACCAGCAGCUUGCAGCCUUGCAGCAGGAGCACCUGGACCUGCUGAAGCAGGUCACCUCAACACAGGAGACGCUGCAGGGCCGGGAGCAGGCCCUCGGUGACCUGCAGGUGCGCUACGAUGAGCUGCAGGCCCGACUGGAGGAGCUGCAGGGCGAGGCCACCUCCAAGGACGACGCCAUCCGCUUCCUGCAGAACGAGAAGAUUGUCUUGGAGGUGGCUCUGCAGGCGGCCAGGAGCAGCGGGGAGGAACUCGACAGAGGAGUUAGGAGCUUGGAAGAAGGUGCUGAGGAAACGUCAGGCAUCCUGGAGCAGCUGAGACAGGAGUUAGCCGUCAAGUCCAGCCAGGUGGAGCACCUGCAGGAAGACGCCAGCUCUCUGAAAAAGCAGAUGCAGAAAAUAAAGGAACAGUUUCUUCAACAGAAGGUGAUGGUGGAGGCCUACCGGCGGGACACCGCCUCCAAAGACCAGCUCAUCAGCGAGCUCAAGGCCACGAAGAAGAGGCUGGACUCGGAGGUGAAGGAGCUAAGGCAAGAGCUGAUGCAGCUCCAAGGGGACAAGAAGUCCAUGGAGGCGGAGCAGGCGCGCUUGCAGAAGGAGGUGUCCCGAGUGCAGCAGCAGAUGGCGGCUCUCGAAGGGCAGCUGGAGUCGGUGCAGAGGGAGCGCGAUGAGAUGGAGACCCACCUGCAGGCUCUGCAGUUCGACAGACAGCAGGUGGCUGCACUGACAGAGGCCAACAAGGGGCUCCAGGCCCAAGUGGAAGAGCUACGGCAGGAAGCCGCCAGGGCCAUCACCGAACAGAAGCAGAGGGUGACACGGCUGGGCUCAGACCUGAGCAGCGCUCAGAAGGAGAUGAAGAGCAAGCACAAGGCCUACGAGAGCGCCGUGAGCAUCCUGAGCCGCCGCCUUCAGGAGGCCCUCACCGCCAAGGAGGCAGCUGAGGCUGAGCUGAGCCAGCUGAGAGCCCAGGCGGCCGAUGGUGCCAGCGACCUCGCGCUGCGCGAGAGAAUCCAGGCCCUGGAGGUGGAGUUGCAGACCGUGGGCCACAGCAAGGUGAUGCUGGAGAAGGAGCUGCAGGAGGUCAUCGCGCUGACUACCCAGGAGCUGGAGGAGUACCGGGAGAAGGUGCUGGAGCUGGAGGACGAGCUUCAGGAAUCCAGAGGCUUUAGGAGGAAGAUAAAGCGCCUUGAAGAGUCAAAUAGGAAGUUGGCUUUGGAGUUGGAGCACGAGCGAGGGAAGCUCACCGGCCUUGGACAGUCCAAUGCGGCUUUGCGGGAGCACAACAGCGUGUUGGAGACGGCGCUGGCCAAGAGGGAGGCCGACCUCGUGGAGCUGAACCUUCAGGUUCAGGCCAUCAUGCAGCGCAAGCAGGAGGAGGACCGCCAGAUGAGGCAGCUCGUGCAGGCCUUGCAAGCCGCACUGGAGAGAGAGAAGCUGGAAGUGCACAGCCUCAGGGAACAGGUGGCUGCAGCCAAAGUAGAAGCAAGGCACAACCAGCGCCACUUCAAGGCCGCCACCUUGGAGCUGAGCGAGGUGAAAAAGGAGCUGCAGGCCAAGGAGCUCCUGGUGCAGACGCUGCAGGCGGCGGCCGAGCGUCUCCAGCUUCAGGAGGGGAGACAUGCCCAGGAAGUCGCCCAGUUCCAGGCAGAGCUUUCAGAGGCACGGACCCAGCUACAGCUCCUGCAGCAGCAGUUGGACGAGCAGCUGAGCAAACAACCUGUGGGCAACCAAGAGAUGGAAAACCUCAAGUGGGAGGUGGAUCAGAAGGAAAGAGAAAUCCAGUCCCUGAGGCAGCAGCUGGACCUGAGCGAGCAGCAGAGCAGGCGGGAGCUAGACGGGGCCGAGCGGGCUCUGCAGAACAUCAAGUCUGAGCUGGAGGUGAUGCGGGAAGACCUGUCCGUGACCCAGAAGGACAAGUUCAUGCUCCAGGUGAAGGUGUCGGAACUGAAGAACAACAUGAAAACUCUGCUGCAGCAGAACCAGCAGCUCAAGCUGGACCUGCGGCACAGCGCGGCCAAGACGAGAAAGGAACGGAGAGGCGAGGCCAGCCCUUCCAGCCCCGUAACGCCGGUGAAGGUCCCCGACUGCCCCGUCCCGGCCUCACUGCUGGAGGAGCUGCUGAGGCCCCCGCCCGCCGUGAGCAAGGAGCCCCUGAGGAACCUCAACAGCUGUCUCCAGCAACUGAAGCAGGAGAUGGACAGCCUGCAGCGCCAGAUGGAGGCACACGCCGUCACCGUGCACGAGUCACUGUCCUCAUGGACUCAGGGGGACCCUGCCGCCAGCCCUGCUUCCCUGGGCGACCAGGCCCUCCCCGGAGGAGACACCGAGCCACCCGGUCCCAGCAGCACCUCCAGAGAGCGGCUGGGAACACCCUCUGCCGAGCACCCCCAUGCUGAGUGUGUGUGAUUGUCCCUCACAAGGGACCUUAAGUUCUGCUUUACAAGGAGUGAAAUAACAGGAGCCACCUGCAGGUCACAACCAGCUUCCCCAGAAGUGACCAAACCUUCAAACCCCAGCUGAGCUCUCAGUGACAGUGUUAGAAGGUGUCUGGGGCCAUUUGCAGGAGGCGAACCCUCACCAGUGAUAUAGACGCUGCUCUGUGGCCACCGGUCCUGGGGAACCUGGUCGUGGGCCCACUUCCUCACUUCACCUCCCCGCGGAAGUGAAAUUUUGCACCUUUGGUUUGUAUUUUAUUUUCACAGCCAUCCCACCAUAGGAUGUGUAUGUAAAUACUGAGAAUCGUAACCUAAUCUUUAAAAAGUAUGUCCCCGUAUUAUUUAAAAAUGACCUGAAUUGUCUGCUUUUCGAUUGCCUUUUAAAAAUCUGCUGUCAGGAAAUAAUGUACAUGUAGGAUUAAGGGAUGUCAGUAAGAAAAUUAUAUUUUAAGAAAUAUAAUUAUUUUAUUUACCUCCUAAAACCAAA